AUGGAUUACAAUUUAAAUGACGAGAAUGCAUUCAAUCAUGAAACACUUUCCAUACCUAAUGAAUUUAUUUCGUUCAAAUUAUUGGAAACAAACGACGUCUAUCAUGAAGAACAAGAUGUACCUUACAAAGAAGAAUAUAAACCAGAAAAUCAUAAUGAUGCUCAUGAAGAAAUUAUGACCAGUCGAAAUAUGUUAUUUGGCACGGACAAUAUUGAACUUCCACCUUCAAUUAUAAAUCUUCUUGACGAUUUUCCAAAUUUACCAACACCAGAAUCAUUUUCAAAUUUAUUUCAAGAAGUUUUUCCUACCAUUGAUAUGACUGAAACGACAACAGAUACAACGGCUGUCGAUGAAAGUACAACACCGAACGAUGUCGAUCAGUCAGACCUAGAUUUGGCAAAUACAAAUGAAACAUCACGUCGAUCACAAGUCACCAUCGUCAUGUUGCCAUUUCAAAUUUCAACAUUAAUCAAUACUCAUUCGUAUCCACCUACAAAUAUGGUCGGCUCAAUUAGUGAACAUGACCGACCUUACUCGAAAUAUGGACACUUAGAUGCAAAUAUUUUGCAUUACCGAUUUUGUUUCGAUAUUUGUGGUGAACGAACAUUAAGCAAGCGGCUAGCAGACAAAUGUCGUAUUGCAAGAAAAAUGUUUGCAAUUAUUUGUCAUACAAAUAUCAGUAAAGAAGAGAUUAUUAUGGAACUAUUUCGGCAAUAUCCGUUGGCAUUAAUACAAUAUAUUUGUAUAUCGUCUAAUGAUCGUCAACAUAGACCAAGAAAAACAGCAAACAUGCGGUCCACUUAUUAUAUACAAAUUAUUUUCAAAAGAACUUUAAACAAGAAGAUAUGGUUUUUAGAUGCCGUAACUGGUGACGAAUGCAAUUAUGAUGUAACAAGUAAUGAUAUGGCGUGGAACGAGUUUAUUAAAAAAAAUCGUAAUUUCAUAGAAAUUGGCGAAUUUCUAUCAAGUAAAAUUCGUUCACGACCUGAAAUGUGGUCUUCAUGUGAAUUUAUUCGUAGCCAAAAAAACAAAAGAAGAAAUUAG